AUGGAGAUGAACUAUACGAUGUCGCUUUUCCCGGCUUUCAUCUCCUCCUCAUCGGCAGCGCACUCGGCGGAAGACUACGACCACCACCAACUCGCGUUGACUGCCGACGGCGGAGGAGGAGGAGGAGGACUGAUGAUGGUUCAGUCUGAUCGGACAACGGCGGAGGAGGAUCAGGCUCCACGUGGAUGCUCCAAUCUGGAUGAUCAUCAGGUUGGUGCUAGCGGGGCAGAGAGGAAGGAAAUGGCCGGGGUUGUGAAGAAGAAGAAGAAGGGAGUACUCGUUAAUAAGAAGAAGACGAAGAAGUCCAAGUACGCGUUUCAGACGAGGAGCCACGUGGAUAUACUCGACGACGGGUAUCGUUGGAGGAAGUACGGCCAGAAAGCGGUCAAGAACAACAAGUUCCCCAGAAGCUACUACAAGUGCACGUACGGAGAGUGCAACGUGAAGAAACAAGUGCAACGGUUGACGAACGAUGAAGGCGUAGUAGUGACAACCUACGAAGGAAUGCACUCCCACCCAAUUUCCAAGCACAUGGACAACUUUGAGCACAUCUUGAAUCAGAUGCAUCUCUUUACCGCUUCCGUUUAA